AUGCCAAUAGAUAUCGAUGAUGCAUUCAAUAAUUGGUUAUUACAUCGCAAGAUAGCACGAAGAACUGAGCGUCCAAACUUCUGUUUUGACACUAGCAUUUUUGCUUCGUCUCAUGGUGAAUCCCACCUACGUUCCUCCAUUCCAAUAAAAAGAUAUAUCUUAUGUUCAAAUGGCGGUAAAUUACCAUCAGAUAAAAUAUCUCACGAUUUCCCACCACAAUUCAUAGAUGCCAUUGAUCAGUAUCUGUCAAAAUCAGAUCAGUAUGCUAUCACGAAACCUGUAUUGACAGAAAUGGGGGAUCAUUUAGUUUCUGAGAUUAAGAAAGCUAAGGAUACAUUAGAACCAUCUUGGUCCAGUACAGGGAUUCAAAAUCCUGCCGAAUUACUACUUUCCAAUGAACAUCGUUUAAUUAUCGAAGAAAUUCUUCCAACGAUUGACUCAUUUAAUGCUAGUAAUCGUAUCAACUCUAAUAAUGAAGCAACCUUCAAAAACAAUCUUACAGUAACUUACAAAGAAUAUAUAUUCAUUGCAAAAGAUGAUGAUGUUUACAUACAUAAAAUAGUUGACAUAGAAGGAGACGAAAAAUGGCAAGGAAUAACCAUUAUCUUUUCUUGUACAGACAGUACUACACCAGAUGAUACACCUGCAUCUGUUCCAGAACUUAAUCGUAUGCCCACUAUAAAUUUUAUGAAAAUUGUCAAAUUUGGAGAUGUGGAUAUGCUAUGUUUAUGUAUCGAAGAAUCUAAGGCACUUUUCUAUCCCAUCGAGGACCUCCUAGAAAAAUCUCGAACUGAUAUUUGUAGAAUACAACAUGAUGAUGAAGGAAAUGACCUCAAUGAAGAAUUUAGAAUGAAAAUACUACCCUUGACAGUACUAGUAGUACCAGCAAGCUGUUGGAGUGUCGACACCUACAGUACGGAGGAAUGUGUAUAUGUUGCUAUUGGCCAUAACGGGCCAGGGAUUUCUUUAUUCGUAUUUCCUAUGGAUGAACUCCCUAAUAAAUGGUACCUAGACCCGUCUAAGAUAAUAACAACUGAAAUUAUAUCUAAACAUAAUGUGCCAUGUAUUAGUUUUGUACCUAAUUCAUUAGAUGAGAAAGGUUAUGUAACUCUAGGGUUUUGUUCAAUAUACGGUAAUAUUACUACAAUCAAAGUGAAGUUCAAUAAAAUAACCGGGAAACUGGAGACAAACUUUCUUGAUACUCAAUUCUUCGGUACAUUCUGUUGGACAAUAACAUCAUUGUCAAAGAAAGAUUUUUUAACUAUACCAGAAUUUGAAUAUUUAAAUUUGAAUUUCCAAACUAGUUUCAAGAAGUCAAUUCUGACGUCAAUUUGUGAUGAUGAUACAACAUUAGGUUUCCAUCCACCAAGUAUAUACUAUUCGAAUAAUUUAGGUAUUGGAACACUAACCACCCAAAUCCCCGUGCCAGUUUCUGAGGUCUCAUUGGGCUGUCAAAAGGGGCAUCUUAAAGAUUUUGUUCAACUCCGAUUUACAUCUUUUGAAGAGAAUAUAUCAUCAGGGAAAUUAAAAAACGUAAGGGAAGAAGAAGAAGAAGAAGAAGAAGAAGAAGGAGAAGUAGUUCACACAGUGCAGCCUCUAAGUCAACGACAGGAUACCGAGCAUACAACAAUAGACUAUAUAGAAGAUGAUAUACGGCGUUAUUAUGUUUUCUGGGAAAAAUACUGGGAGCAAGAAAAUUUAAAUGAUGAAGAAAUUAAAAGGUAUUCUAAAUGGUGGAAUACAAAAUUUGAUUUGGCUAAUAAUAGAAAUACUACCGUAUCAAGGAAUUCAUCUGGGAAUAUAUUAAAAAAUUCUUACAAGUUCACUGCUCUUAAUGAGCGGAGAGAUUUUUAUCUGCAGAAUAUACCACUUAGAAACCGGCAUUUAAUUGAGCCGAACAAGUUAAAUCAUUUCUCUCGACACUUUUUGCGUCUGCCUACUUCUCCGUUCUAUGGAAUUUCCAUAUCAUAUGAUAAGAAUUCAUAUCAAUCGAUUACGGCAAGUUGGAAUCAACAGUGUGGUAUUUCAACGGAGGAUACAGGAACACAUACCGAUGAUCGUACCUCUACAGAGAGUCUAAAUGAACAACUGAAUGAGCGGAUCGAUCGAGGGAGUAUUGAACUCCUUGGUGUAGAAAGUGAGGAAGAUAUUGAGGACGGAAAUAGUAUAAGCUCAGAAAUAAGAAACACGUUGGGAUCUGCUCAUGAAAACAAUUGGGCAAAACGACUUGGUUAUCCGGAAACCGUAAGUCCCAGUAGCCAGCGAAAAUGGAGUAUCCAUAACCACGCUACGAAAGUACACGAGUUGCUCGCUAAUAUUGAAGAUGGUUCUGAGAGGUCGUUAACGGGAUUCAAACUAAAGGAUUUGAAUGAUGACUUUUUCUUAGUUACCACUGCUGAUUGCAUAUAUUUACUAAAAGCACACCCUUUACUUAUUACAUCUUUUACUGCAGAAAAAGUUUUCCCUCUUGAAGAGGCUAACUUUUGCUCAUGCCAUGAUUUCAUUUUUGCAUUGAACCGAAUAAAUACCGUUUGUCAUAUCAAAGAAUUAAACUGUAUUGUCGUAGCAUCUCAAGUUGGACUAAUAUCUUUAUUAAGAUUGACGGAAUAUAAGGGGAUUUAUUCUUUUAGACAAGAAUAUAUUUUGGGAUGGAAAUCUCAAGAUCCUCAGAAUCCAAAUGAGGAAAAUAGAUGUAUUCUCACGUCCAUAUCUAGUAUUCGUUUUGGGACGGAACGUUGGUAUUGUGGGAUCGAUGAUGUAUAUUUACCGUAUUAUAACAUUACUGGUAUGGAUUAUGUUUAUAUCCCUGCGGAUGAAGUAAAUGGUCUUGCUGCAUAUGUGAUCCUAUAUGUCAUAUCUGGUAAUUGCAUACGAAGAUUUCGGGUAUCUUCUAACCAGAGCUAG